UCAGUAAUCGACAUAAACUCGACGUAGUUGGAUCAGGAAUAAAUAUCAUUCUAAUCGAUAUUCUAUUUCUGGCCAAUUAUAUUAAUUCAUAAAGUAGGAUGAAAAAGAAAAUCGAGUUGGAGACUAUGCCGAAAAAGAAAAACAAAGUACAGGAUGCUCUAGACGCGGAGUUUGUCAAACCCGACGAAAAGAAAAAUGACAAAAAAGAAGAAGUAGAAUUUCCGCCGAUCGGAUUUUUUAAGUUGUUUAGGUACACGACUGGUUUGGAUAAAUUUCUUUUAAGUCUUGCAACGUUAUUUAUUUGUGGAACAGCAGCAUGUCAACCACUGAAUAUGCUUGUUUUUGGUACUUUGAGCCAAAAUAUGAUCGAUUUUGCAACAGCUCUAGUACCUUGCAAUCCAGAAUUCGAUCCAGAAUGCGAUCCAACUUUAUAUCCUUCGAAAGUUUAUGAAGCGACUGAAAAACUGAAAGAUGAUAUACAAGAAUUCGCGAUUUAUAACAGCUUGAUUGGUUUGGCCAUGCUGGUUCUGAGUUAUCUAUCCACAGCUAUUUAUAACUAUUGCGGUAUUAGACAAAGUUUUAAAAUUAGAACAUUAUAUUUGGAGAAUGUUCUAAACCAAGACAUUGGAUGGUACGAUAUGCAUCAGUCCGGAGAUUUUGCUAGUAGAAUGGCCGAUGAUUUGACAAAACUUGAGGAUGGCUUGGGUGAAAAGGUUGCCAUGUUCUUGCACUUUCAAUUAUCAUUCAUAGCGUCGCUUAUUCAAGCUCUAGUUAAAGGCUGGAAGUUGGCCUUGAUAUGUCUGAUAUCUUUGCCAGUAACAAUGAUUUCUAUGGGCAUAGUAGCUUUUUUGACUUCAAGAUUAGCAAAGAACGAACUGGAUGCUUAUGGUACAGCUGGUGCCAUUGCCGAGGAAGUGUUUAGUACAAUUAGAACAGUAUUGGCAUUUGGUGGACAUAAAAAAGAAUCCGAAAGAUAUGAGAAGGAAUUGAUUUAUGCACGAGACAACAAUAUAAAGAGAUCGUUCUUAACUGGUAUUGGAUUUGCCAUUCUUUGGUUCUGCAUUUACGGCAGUUACGCCUUAGCUUUCUAUUUUGGUGUCCAAUUUGUACUGGACGAAAGAGGAAUGGAUGAUAAAACCUAUACACCUGGAAACAUGGUUGUCGUAUUCUUCAGUGUCAUGACUGGAAGUAUGAAUUUCGGUAUGUCAUCCACAUAUAUCGAAGUCUUUGGUAUCGCUAAAGGCGCCGCUGCAAAAAUAUUUGGUGUCAUAGACCAUAAACCCACGAUUAACGCAUCUAAAAAUAAUGGAGAGAAACCUACAACUGUAAUCGGAGAUAUAAAAUUUGAGAAUGUUACUUUCCAUUACCCAUCAAGACCAGAAGUGCCAAUCUUAAAUGGUUUGAAUUUAACCAUUAAACCUGGAGAAACCGUUGCUUUAGUAGGAAGUUCGGGCUGUGGAAAGUCAACGUGCAUUCAAUUGCUUCAAAGAUUUUAUGAUCCACUUGGAGGAUCUGUUUAUUUAGAUAACAAAAAUCUCAAGGACCUAGAUUUGACAUGGCUGAGGAAUAACAUUGGCGUUGUGGGUCAAGAACCCGUACUUUUUGGAACAUCAAUUGCCGAGAAUAUUAGGUUCAGUUAUAAAGAAGCGACGCAGGAAGACAUUGAAAAAGCAGCUAAGAAGGCAAACGCUCAUAAAUUUAUUUCGUCUUUGCCACAGGGUUACGAAACUUUAGUGGGAGAAAGAGGUGCUCAGCUAUCUGGAGGGCAAAAGCAAAGAAUAGCUAUUGCUCGUGCUCUAGUAAGAGAACCGGCUAUAUUACUUUUAGAUGAAGCUACAUCAGCAUUAGAUACAAACAGUGAAGCUAAAGUCCAAGCUGCAUUAGACAAUGUCAGCAAAGAAUGUACAACCAUCAUCGUCGCUCAUAGAUUAUCAACGAUUAGAGGUGCUAGCCGAAUUGUUGUUAUCAAUAAGGGAGUCAUGAUCGAAGAGGGCACUCACGAAGAUUUAAUGGAAAAGAAAGGAGAAUACUAUAACUUGGUCACCACUCAAGUAACUACAGUUAAUGACGAUGAUACAAGUAAAGUCAAUCUACUUGAAGAAGACGAAGAUGAUGUACCGACUUCAAAUGAAAAGAAACCAGUUGAUAUUGAAACCGAAGAAGAAGAAUUUAUGAAGAAAGUUACAUGGAUGGAAAUUUUGAACUUGAACAGUACAGAAUGGCCGCAAAUCACAAUUGGUGUAAUAGCUUCAGUGCUUAUGGGUUGUGCCAUGCCAAUCUUUGCAGUUCUCUUUGGUGACAUUAUUGGUAUUCUUUCAGAAGAGGACGAGGAUUAUGUAGAAAGUGAAACGAACCUCUAUUGUAUUUACUUCGUAAUCGCUGGAAUCGUAGCUGGUUUGGCAACAUUCUUCCAAAUAUACACGUUUGGUAUCGCAGGAGAAAAAUUGGUGAUGAGAGUCAGAUCAGAUAUGUUCAAAACUGUUUUACACCAAGAAAUUGGAUGGUUCGACAGAAAAGAGAACGGUGUUGGAGCUUUAUGCGCAAAGUUAUCUAGCGAAGCAUCUAGCAUUCAAGGAGCUACCGGACAACGUAUUGGUACCAUUUUCCAAUCAAUUGCCACCUUCGUUCUCUCCAUUGGUUUGUCAAUGUAUUACGAGUGGAGGUUGGGUCUGCUUGCUUUGGCCUUUGCCCCAAUUAUUUUGGCCGCCGUUUUCUUGCAGCAAAGAGCGAUGUUCACCGAAAACACGGACUUUAGAAAAUCAUUGGAAACAUCUACUAAGUCAGCGGUUGAAGCGGUCGGAAAUAUUCGGACAGUGGUAUCGUUAGGUUGCGAAGAAACUUUUCACGUAAUUUACGUAAAUCAACUAUUACCUUACACGACUAGAGCCAAAAAGAACCUUCACUUCAGGGCAUUUGUCUUGGGUUUGGCCCGUAGUAUAAUGUUUUUCGCAUUCGCUGCCUGCAUGUAUUACGGAGGAUAUCUAAUGAGGGAAGAACAGAUGGACUUCACCAAAGUACUAAAAGUAUCGCAAUCUUUAAUUAUGGGAACGGUUUCCAUCGCCAAUGCACUUGCAUUCACUCCUAAUUUCCAGAAAGGAUUGCAAUCAGCCGCUAAGGUUUUAAAUCUCCUAAGAAGAGAACCAGUUAUCAAAAAUGCUUCAAACGCUUUAGAUUUCCAAUGGUCCAAGGGAAAUAUAAACUAUUCGAAGAUCUUCUUCUCGUAUCCGACAAGGCCAGACACUGAAGUACUGAAAGGUUUAGACUUAUCCAUCAUGAAUGGAAAGACUGUAGCCUUGGUCGGAUCAAGUGGUUGCGGUAAAUCUACCAUAAUUCAAUUGAUCGAAAGGUACUACGAUCCUUCAUCCGGCGUUGUCAGUGUAGACAAUCAAGAUUUGAAAAUGAUCACUUUAGAAUCACUGAGAUCAAACUUGGGUAUUGUUUCGCAAGAACCUAACUUGUUCGACAGGACAAUCUCAGAAAAUAUCGCCUAUGGAGACAAUUCGCGUGAAGUCGGUCAGGAGGAAAUUAUUAAGGCAGCAAAGAACGCAAACAUACACAAUUUCAUUUCCUCCUUGCCUCUGGGAUAUGACACGCCCUUAGGUGAUAAAGGUACCCAACUGUCUGGUGGCCAGAAACAAAGAGUUGCUAUUGCUAGGGCUUUAGUGAGGAACCCAAGAGUAUUGCUUUUGGAUGAGGCUACAUCAGCUUUGGACACGGAAAGUGAAAAGGUCGUCCAAGAAGCAUUGGAUAAUGCAAAACAGGGUCGAACGUGCAUAACUAUCGCUCACAGGCUCACAACUAUUCAAGAUGCGGAUGUGAUUUGCGUUAUUAACGCAGGUCUUGUCCACGAAAUGGGAACCCAUGCAGAACUCCUUCAAAAGAAGGGCAUCUACCAUAAACUUCAUUCUUUACAAUCAGGAACUAAGCAUUAAUUUAUUUAUUAUAUAGGCAAUUAUUAAUUACU